AUGUACUAUGUCAGGAUCACUGCACUCCACAACCUGGAGAUACGUGUCAGGUCGCAGCAAGGGAUCGAAGCGGUUGGAUACACGGUGCUGUUCGGUACCAAGCCGUCGCAGGGAACGCUGCUGAAGGCGGCUGGCUUCCUGUCCGAGGAGCUGCCGAUCCGACUGGCACACCGUGUCGUCGAGCUCGAGUCGCUCCCGGACGGCCUGUCCAAGAUGCCCAGCAUCAACCGUGUCAAGGAGUGGUACGCCCAGAGCUUUGACGAGCUCGUGACGUUCCCCAAGCCCAAGCUCCCUGCCGACAUUGAGGAGAUUCUUCGCAUGCCCCCUACCCAACCGCUCGUCUUCCCCACUGCCAUCCCAAAUCCAUCUCUCGACCCCGUGAUGAACGAGGGCCAGAUCAGCGGUACACGCGCCGCGUACUCUGACCGAAAGCCCAAACACCACAACCUCGUCAACGGCGGUGUGCGGAUGCGCAUCCCCAUUGACCGCAUGUACUUUUCCCCUCCCCCCGUCAGCACCAUCUACCCACCAGAGGUGCACGAGUACAACGAGCAGUUUACGCACCUGCUGCAAAACAUUAAAAAGCGCCACGACCCCACCGUCACGUCGGUGGCACAGGGCGUGCUCGAGUGGAAGAGGCAGCAGCGGUCGCACAGGAUCGGCCCCAACAUCCAGGAAUGGCUCGACAGGUUCUACCUGUCGCGUAUCGGCAUCCGUGCGCUCAUCGGCCAGCACGUCGCGCUCAACACGCUCAAACCCCAUCCAGACUAUGUGGGUAUAAUUUGUAAAAACGCCAACGUCCACGACAUUUGCCACGAGGCCAUUGAGAACGCCCGCUUCGUGUGCGAGGAGCACUACGGCCUCUUCAAGGGCCCGCCCAUCCAGCUCCUGUGCCCCAAGGACCUCACGUUCCCGUACAUCCCGGGCCACCUGAGCCACAUCUGCUUUGAGCUGCUCAAGAACUCGCUCCGCGCCGUCGUGGAGCGCUACGGCGUCGACAACGAGGACCACUUCCCGCCCGUCAAGGUGAUUGUCGUCGAGGGAAGCGAGGACAUCACAAUCAAGAUCUCAGACGAAGGUGGCGGUAUCCCCCGCUCGGCACUGCCCAUGAUCUGGACGUAUCUCUACACAACCAUGAGCGACGAGGGUCUCGAGACCACCAUCCAGGAGUCCGACUUCAAGGCCCCCAUGGCUGGUUUCGGCUACGGACUGCCCCUGUCAAGGCUGUACGCGCGGUACUUUGGCGGUGACUUGAGGCUUGUCUCCAUGGACGGUUACGGCACUGACGUCUACAUCAACCUCAACCGCCUCAGCAGCUCCGCCGAGCCGCUCCCGUAG